CAACAUUUGCUCGGAACUAAUGAAAACAUCCGAUUGCAGCAUUUGUUAUUGCACUUGCGGAUGAAAAUAAUAGGGCUAUGCGUUUGUUUUCUUUCUUUUCUUUUUUGUUUCUUAUCACAUAAGGUAACUCGACCUUAGGAAAACAACCUGGACGGAAUAUCUACUUUUAAGUAUAGAUGUAGCCUGUAAUAGGGAUAGAGACAGAAUGGCGCCUGCGUUCAUGGAAAUAUCGACUAUUUUACUGCGGCAUUGCAGGCCAAGUACACGUGCUGGAAAACUCCUCCGGUACGCACACACGUUUCACUCCCUCCGAAGAAACACCGAUUUCACGAAAAGAAAAUAAAACAUCGACGACAGUUUCCGUUUCCUACUAAAAUUCAUAACAAUUAGCAAACGCAAUAGUUACAUAGUUAUGGAUCCGGCGUGAAAUUGCUGCAGUUAUUUCGGUGCUUUAUUUUUAAUGAUGAGGAUAGGAAUCGAGCAGUAUGGUUUCGCGGGAACGCACUGGGCCCUCGGGGGCUUGGUUCUCGUGGCACUCGCCGCCUCCGAAUAUUCGGGUGCAGGAAUUCUAGUCGCGUUGCCAAUUUCGGCCGUCGGAAUUUCCUUCGCAGCGCUAUCUGGUUUUACCAACGGUGAAAAGAGUCUAUCAAGGAAGAAGCAUUGCAGCGAUUUCAUAGACUUUCUGGAUGUCUGGUUGGACAUUCUGGAACACUUAAUGUCGGCGGCAACUUGCGCGCGUGUCGCUAGCGCCACGGUUGAUUACAUGAGUCAAGGUCGAUUAAGGCAAUGGCUCUUCGGCUUAGAGACGCAUUCCCUGGGUGAACCUUGGCCGGAUGUCUUAGGAAUUAGCAUCGUAGCCAUCGUGACCACCCUCUUCAUGCUCGGAUUAGAAAAAUCAUCAUCGUUCUGCAUACUGCUAUUCCUCGGCAUAAUCACCAGUUUUACGUUCUUCGUAAGUGUGGGCGGUUAUCAUACGGAUAUCAUCUUUUGGAAUUGGAGCGAGGACUUCAGGAAGCGGUCCUGGGGUUGCAUAUUAACGACGGCUGCGAUGUGCUCGUUCGGCUUCGCCAAUUCCUUUCCGAGCGCUUUGAUGGUGAAGCCAAUGAAAAUAGCGGCGUUUGUAAUAAUUCCGUUGAUUUGCUAUUCCGUGAUCGCGCUAGUUUUCACACUGAUGUCACAUUAUAGAGAAUUGGCUGGGAUCGCUAUUCCUCUGGUGCGGGUCUUCGAAGUGAGGGACGUAGAUUGGGCCCGUCCGGUGAUGGCAGUCUGCACCAUUUGCGUGGUAUGCCUAGCGCUUACUGAAAUUAUGCCGUCUCUCUACAGCCUAUUAGUCCGAUUAGCUGGUCGCGAUUGGAGACUCCUCGUUUCACCAAUUUUAUACAGGAAUUCACUCACCGGAGCUCCGGUUCUCGCCAUUUUCACGGCAGGUAGUUUGGCGUCGAUCCUGGCGUUCGCCUGUCCCCUUUCCUACUUGCUGCGACUCAUGAACGUGGCCUGUUUGUUCAAAUGUGCAUUAAAAUCCAGCACGGCGCUUUACGGCCGCUAUAAACCGGAAAACAAUAAUCUGGAAAUACCAGUAGUAUCGAGCAAUAUACAGUACAGUAUGCUGAAGCCGACGAGAAAGCUGCAGCAACAGCAGCAGCAUCAGAAGAUCCGCAAGUCCAGAACUUUUUGCGACAUGCUUCCAGCUUAUUUGCGAAAGAACAAAGCGACCGUUUCCGCCUCCGAGUUAAGAAGUAAAAGGAGCAGAAAGAGCCCGUCUGGAGAUAAGGAGUAUUUAUUGUUGGACCACUACAGCACAUCCUCGCUGGAUCAUCUUGCCAUAGAUACCUGUUCAGAUAGCGACGUGAACGAGAUGUCACCUAAUUGCAGCGACGGCGAGGAAUCUAGUAGCUCAACCGACAUCGAUGCCGUAGUUCAAGAAUACAAAGACAGAAUUCAAGUGGCUACUGUUAAUAAUUUUAACGAAAAGAGGUGCCCGACUCUGUUAACAAGCAGAGUUGUGCUUUGUCUAAUUAUCGUUCUCUAUAUCAGCUCCGUCUUAUUAUCGCUGGGUAUUACAAUAAAUUCGUUGUAUCUAUCCUGGUCUAAUAUAAUAGUGUCGACCUUGUGCUUAUUGGGAAUCUGCGUAAUGCCUCAAAAUACAUCAAACAAGGAAGAAGCUAUAAAAUCUCCUAUCUGGUUUCCAUGGUUCUGCUUCGUGGCAAUAAUAAUAAAUGUUCUCUUGGGCACCACACUUCUAAUUGAAAUCUGGCCAGCUGUAGUACUCUGGAUAAUUUCAGGCCUAAUGCUGUAUUCGCGAUGCAGCUGUUGCAGCUGUUUUGACGAAGAUAAGGAGCCUAUUCGCAUCAGCUCGAAAACCGAAUGCUCAAUAGCAGAUCCAUCCAAUAGCACAGCUACGAAAUACAUCGAAGUAGACACGAUCUUGAUACCCAGAUGACAGGAACUAGACGAGGAAUACUUGAUAGUGGACUUGGAUGAAGACAUGUAAUAUUUUGAGUGUGUAUAUAUAGGGACGGACGUAUUAAACGGAUAAAAUGGGAAUCGAUAAAUCCUUGAAAUGAAUUGAAUGACAAUACGCGGAUCGAUAUAUUUUAUUAGACAGAUAAGACACGAGAACAUAAACGAAAAUCAAAAAAAUGUAAUAUCAUAUUUUAUAAAACUUAUUAAUUUUGGAGAAUUGUUUCUUUAUUUCGGCUGUGGUUUCUGCUAGAGCUUUGGAAAUCUUUAUUACUAGUAUAGUGUAGUGCGGCCGUUUCCCAAACACAUUUUCUUCUUUUAUUCUGAUUUCUAGUUCAAUCUUACGGCUUAAAAUGAUUAAGACACAAUCACAUAAACUCACCGUACACAUCGAAUACGACUUAGGUAGUAAUGUAGUUUGGGAAACGCUGGCUUAGGAAAGAAAUAAACGACGGGUACGACUUUACCUCACGGAAUUUGUCCAAAAAAUAUAUCUUGCUGUCACACAUGUGACCUGUUAUAAUGUGUGUAAAUACUAAUAAAAUUAUAUAUUAUCUUAAAAGUUUUUUGUAUUGUGAAAUGAAAAGA